AUGGGAAAAGAAGAGUGUCAACCAGUUGACGUUUAUGUCAACACAUUGCAGUAAAUGGGAAAAUAUGAGCGUCAACCAUCCUUCACCCCCUCCAACCUCUCUUCCUCCCUCUCUCUCUUCUAUCUCUCUCUCCCUCCCUUUGCCUCCCUCUUUCUCUCUCUGCCUCCUCUUUAUCCCCCCUCCUCCUCUCUCCCUCCCAGUCAAGGGGUGUUCCGGAGUAUCCAAGAAGCAGGGGUGUUUUAAUGCAUGGGCUAACCUGGGCAGGGGGCCCCAGGCCAUUGGGCCCCCAAAAAACUGAUUAAAAUUGUCAAAUUAUCCGUAACGACGAGAAGUUAACACAUUUGCAAGGGCACCACUACAACUUUUAAGGUGAAGGAAAUUGCAAUCAGUAUAGUAUUUCCCAAUGUUGCACUACGGAUUCUCUCUCUCUCUCUCUCUCUCUCUCUCUCUCUCUCUCUCUCUCUCUCUCUCUCUCUCUCUCUCUCUCUCUCUCUCUCUCUCUCUCUCUCUCUCUCUCUCUCUCUCUCUCUCUCUCUCUCUCUCUCUCUCUCUCUCUCUCUCCUCCACAGACUGGAUAUUGACGCAUAGAAGACAAAUUGCAUUCAAUGCAAAAAUAUUUGUCAAGGAUAUUGACAUAUAGGGUUUGCGUCAAUAGAUUUGAUGCCUAAGUAAAUACAUCGCACUCAAGGCAAAAAAAGUUGGUGUUCAAGCUGCAAUAGGUAAAUUAGUGAAAGACUCAGACUGACACUGACCUAUGUGACUGUUUUCUGGCCUCCUUUCAAAACAAAGAGGAGGCUAUAUACCAACACCCCCCUAGGACCGCCUGACUCACCACCUGAGCACAGACUUAAUGCCUUCUCCUUGUCAAUGAAACCACCAUCACUGAACUCUUUUCUAAAUCCAAAACCUGCUCCCUUACCCCAUGCACACUGCCUUAGUUAAGGCAUGCCUCUCUGUUCUCUGCCCGCUGGUGGUCAAGAUUGUAAAUGCUUCCCUCACAUCUGGCAUUGUUCCUACGCUUUUGAAAACAGUGGAUAUAUAUAACUCCCAUACUAAAGAAACAGGGCCUGGACCCUGAGCUCCUCACGAACUACAGGCCAAACUCAACCCCUCCUCCCCUUCCUGACUAAAGUGCUUGAGCGCGUGGUAGCAUCACAAAUCCAACAACACAUGGCCUCUCAUUAACUUUUCUAACCCCUCCAGUCAGGCCUCUGAGCCAUGCAUAGUGAACGACCUCUGUGCUGCUGAUGCUGGAAACAAGUCCUGGACCUGUCUGUCCCUGGACUCAGAUGUCACUGUUAUGCAGACGACAUACAUCUACAGUACCAGUCAAAAGUUUGGACACACCUACUCAUUCAUGGGUUUUCUUUAUUUUUACUAUGUUCUACAUUGUAGACUAAUAGUGAAGACAUCAAAACUAUGAAAUAACACAUGGAAUCAUGUAGUAACCAAAAAAGUGUUAAACAAAUCAAAAUAUGAUUGAUAUUUUAGCUUCUUCAAAGUAGCCACCCUUUGCCUUGAUGACAGCUUUGCACACUCUUGGCAUUCUCUCAACCAGCUUCAUGAAGUAGUCGCCUGGAAUGCAUUUCAAUUAACAGCUGCGCCUUGUUAAAAGUACAUUUAGGGAAUUUAUUUCCUUCUUAAUGCGUUUGAGCCAAUCAGUUGUGUUGUGACAAGGUAGGGGUGGUAUACAGAAGAUAGCCCUAUUUGGUAAAAGACCAAGUCCAUAUUAUGGCAAGAACAGCUCAAAUAGGCAAAGAGAAUCGACAGUCCAUCAUUACUUUAAGACAUGAAGGUUAGUCAAUCCGGAAAAUGUCAAGAACUUUGAACGUUUCUUCAAGUGCAGUCGCAAAAACCAUCAAGCGCAAUGAUGAAACUGGCUCUCAUGAGGACUGCCACAGGAAAGGAAGACCCAGAGUUACCUCUGCUGCAGAGGAUACGUUUAUUCGAGUUACCAGCCUCAGAAAUGGGCAAUUAACUGCACCUCAGAUUGCAGCCCAAAUAAAUGCUUCACAGAGUUCAAGUAACAGACACAUCUCAACAUCAACUGUUCAGAGGAGACUGCGUGAAUCAGGCCUUCAUGGUUGAAUUGCUGCAAAGAAACCACUACUAAAGGACACCAAUAAGAAGAAGAGACUUGCUUGGGCCAAGAAACACAAGCAUUGGACAUUAGACCGGUGAAAAUCUGUCCUUUGGUCUGAUGAGUCGAAAUUUGAGAUUUUUGGUUGCAACUGCCGUGUCUUUGUGAGAUGCAGAGUAGGUGAACGGAUGAUCUCUGCAUGUGUGGUUCCCACCGUGAAGCAUGGAGGAGGAGGUGUGAUGGUGUAGGGGUGCUUUGCUGGUGACACUGUCUGUAAUUUAUUUAGAAUUUAAGGCACACUUAACCAGCAUGGCUACCACCGCAUUCUGCAGCGAUACACCAUCCCAUCUGGUUUGCGCUUAGUGGGACUAUAAUUUGUUUUUCAACAGGACAAUGACCCAAAACACACCUCCAGGCUGUGUAAGGGCUAUUUUACCAAGAAGGAGAGUGAUGGAGUGCUGCAUCAGAUGACCUGGCCUCCACAAUCACCAGACCGAGUUGGACCAUUUCAAGAAUGCCAAGAGUGUGCAAAGCUGUCAUCAAGGCAAAGGGUGGCUACUUUGAAGAAUCUCAAAUAGAAAAUAUAUUUUGAUUUGUAAAAAAAAUUUUUGGUUACUACAUGAUUCCAUAUGUGUUAUUUCAUAGUUUUGAUAUCUUCACUAUUAUUCUACAAUGUAGAAAAUAGUAAGAAUAAAGAAGAACCCUUGAAUUAAACUUUUGACUGGUACUGUAUAUCCCUGCCACCUCCCUCUUUUGUUGUUGACUGUCUACGUGAAGUGAAAACUUGGAUGAGCAAUAACUUUAUUUUACUAAACGACGACAAAACAGAGAUCAUGCUCAUGGGCCCCAAUUCACUCAUCAAGAAACUGGGUCAACUCAACAUGACAAUUGAUGGCUGCACCAUCCACUCCAACUCCACAGUCAGGAACCUUGGUGUUACAUUCGACCCCACUCUGUCAUCACAUACACAUAUUUAGCAGCUGUUAUUGCGGGUGUAGUGAAAUGCUUGUGUUCCUAGCUCCAACAGUGCAGUAGUAUCUAACAAUUCACAACAAUACACACAAAUCUAAAAGUAAAGGAAUGGAAUUAAGAAAUAUAUACAUUUAAGGAUGAGCAAUGUCAGAAUGGUAUUGACUCAAAUAAAGUAGAAUACAGUAUAUACAUAUUAAAUGAGUAAAGCAGUAUGUAAACAUUAUUAAAAUGACUGGUGUUCCAUUAUUAAAAUGACCAGUGAUUCCAUGUCUAUGUACAUAGGGCAGCAGUGUCUAAGGUGCAGUGUUGAGUAACCGGGUGGUAGUGGGCUUGUGAUGGCUAUUUAACAGUCUGAUGGCCUUGAGAUAGAAGCUGUUUUUCAGUCUCUCGGUCCCAGCUUUGAUGCACCUGUACUGACCUCGCCAUCUGGAUGAUAGCGGAGUGAACAGGCUGUUGCUCCGAUGAAGAUGGCGGCCUCGCGACUAGAUCUUAGGAAACUUUGCGGUAUUUUGUUUUUUUAAAUGUAUUAUUUUUUACAUUAUUAGCUCAGAAAGUGUUUUGUAUCAUUACAUACAGCCGGGAAAAACUAUUGGAUAUCAGAGCAGCAGUAACUCACCAGCAUUACGACCAGGAAUACGACUUUCCCGAAGCAGAUCCUUUGUUUGCUCUCCCCAGGGCAAUUGAACUGAUUCCAGCGGCUGAACCAAAACAUCGCCUUAGGAGGCGUGCACACCACCCACCGCUUCCAAGUAUACUACUCGCUAAUGUUCAGUCUCAGGUUAACAAGGUCGACGAGCUCUGGGCAAGGAUUUCUUUCCAGAGAGACGUCAAGGCCUGUAACAUACUUUGUUUCACGGAAACAUGGCUCUCUGGGGAUAUUCUGUCGAAAUCGGUCCAGCCAGAUGUGUUCUCAGUUCAUCGCGCAGACAGGAAUAAAUAUCUCUCCGGGAAGCAGAAGGGAGGAGUUGUGUGUUUCAUGAUUAAUGACUCAUGGUGUAAUUGUAGUAACAUACAGGAACUCAAGUCCUGUUGUUCACCCGACCUAGAAUACCUCACAAUCAAAUGCCAACCGUAUUAUCUCCCAAGAUAAUUUUCUUUGGUUAUAGUUAUGGCCGUGUAUAUCCCCCCUCAAGCUGAUACGACGACGGGCCUCAAAGAACUUCACUGGACUUUAUGCAAACUGGAAACCACAUAUCCUGAAGAUGCAUUUAUCGUGGCUGGGGAUUUUAACAAAGCAAAUUUGAGGACUAGGCUGCCGAAGUUCUAUCAAGAUAUCAACUGUUGUACUCGCGCUGCUAAAAUCCUCGACCAUUGCUAUUCGAACUUCUGGGAUCUGACCACGACUCCAUUUUGCUCCUCCCUUCCUAUAGUCAGAAACUCAAACAGGAAGCAACCGUGCAGAGGACUAUUCAACGCUGGUCUGACCAAUCGCAAUCCACGCUUCAAGAUUGUUUUGAUCACGCCGACUGGGAUAUGUUCCGGGUAGCUUGCACAUUUUUUUUGGACUAAUACACUGAAAUGGUGACUGAUUAUAUCAGGAAGUGUAUAGGUGAUGUUGUGCCCACUGUGACUAUUAAAACCUACCCUAACCAGAAACCGUGGAUAGAUGGCAGCAUUCACACAAAACUGAAAGCGUGAACCACCGCAUUUAACCAUGGCAAGGUGACUGGGAAUAUGGCCGAAUACAAACAGUGUAGUUAUUCCCUCUGUAAGGCAAUUAAACUGGCAAAACAUCAGUAUAUAGACAAAGUGGAGUCGCAAUUCAACGGCUCAGACACGAGACGUACAGUGGGGAGAACAAGUAUUUGAUACACUGCCGAUUUUGCAGGUUUUCCUACUUACAAAGCAUGUAGACGUCUGUAAUUUGUAUCAUAGGUACACGCUGUAAUUGCAAACAAAGGUUUCUGUACCAAAUAUUAAGUUCUGCUUUUCUGAUGUAUCAAAUACUUAUGUCAUGCAAUAAAAUGCAAAUUAAUUACUUACAAAUUAUACAAUGUGAUUUUCUGGAUUUUUGUUUUAGAUUCAGUCUCUCACAGUUGAAAUGUACAUAUGAUAAAAAUUACAGACCUCUACAUGCUUUGUAAGUAGGAAAACCUGGAAAAUCGGCAGUGUAUCAAAUACUUGUUCUCCCCACUGUAUGUGGCAGCGUCUACAGACAAUCACAGACUACAAAAAGAAAACCAGCCAUGUUGCCGACACCGACAUCUCGCUUCCAGACAAGCUAAACACCUUCUUCGCCCGCUUUGAUGACAACACAGUGCCACUGACGAGGCCCACUACCAAGGACUGUGGCCUCUCCUUCUCCGUGGCCGACGUGAGAAAGACAUUUAAGCAUGUUAACCCCCGCAAGGCUGCCGGCCCAGACGGCAUCCCUAGCCGCGUCCUCAGAGCAUGUGCAGACCAGCUGGCUGGUGUGUUUACGGACAUAUUCAAUCUCUCCCUUUCCCAGUCUGCUGUUCCCACAUGAUUCAAGAUGGCCACCAUUGUUCCUGUACCCAAGAAAGCAAAGGUAACUGAACUAAAUGACUAUCGCCCCGUAGCACUCACCUCUGUCAUCAUGAAGUGCUUCGAGAGACUUGUCAAGGAUCAUCUCUGCAUUUAUCCUGUCCUUAUGUCUACCUUACCUGACACCCUAGACCCACUUCAAUUUGCUUCCCACCCCAAUAGAUCCACAGACGAUGCAAUCGCCAUCACACUGCACACUGCCGUAUCCCAUCUGGACAAGAGGAAUACAUAUGUAAGAAUGAUGUUCAUAGACUAUAGCUCAGCAUUCAACACCAUAGUAACCUCCAAGCUCAUCAUUAAGCUCGAGGCCCUGGGUCUGAACCCCGCCCUGUGCAAUUGGGUCCUGGACUUCCUGACGGGCCGCCCCCAGGUGGUGAAGGUAGGAAACAACAUCUCCACUUCGCUGAUCCUUGACACAGGGGCCCCACAAGGGUGCGUGCUCAGCCCCCUCCUGUAAUUCAGAUUGUCAGUGAUGUGUACUCUGAGGAACUUGAAGCUUUUCACCUUCUCCACUGUGGUCCCUUCGAUGUGGAUAGAGGCAUGCUCCCUCUGCUAUCUCCUGAAGUCCACGAUCAGCUCCUUCAUUUUGUUGACAUUGAGGGAGAGGUUAUUUUCCUGGCACCACUCCGCCAGGUCCCUCUCCUCCUCCCUGUAGGCUGUCUCGUCAUUGUUGGUAAUGAGGCCUACUACUGUUUUGUCAUCUGCAAACUUGAUGAUUGAGUUGGAGGCAUGCAUGUCCACGCAGUCAUGGGUGAACAGGGAGUACAGGAGGGGGCUGAGCACGCACCCUUGUGGGGCCCCUGUGUUGAGGAUCAGCGUAUUGGAGGUGUUCUUUCCGACCUUCACCACUUGGGGGCGACCCGUCAGGAAGUCCAGGACCCAGUUGCAUAGGGCAGGGUUCAGACCCAGGGCCCCGAGCUUGAUGAUGAGCUAGGAUUGUACUAUGGUGUUGAAGGCUGAGCUAUAGUCAAUAAACAGCAUUCUUACAUAGGUAUUCCUCUUGUCCAGAUGGGAUAGGGCAGUGUGCAAUGCAAUGGUGAUUGCAUUGUCUGUGGAUCUAUUGGGGCGGUAAGCAAAUUGAAGUGGGUCUAGGGUGUCAGGUAAGGUGGAGGUGAUAUGAUCCUUAACUAGCCUCUCAAAGCACUUCAUGAUGAGAGAAGUGAGUGCUACGGGGCGAUAGUCAUUUAGUUCAGUUACCUUUGCUUUCUUGGGUACAGGAACAAUGGUGGACAUCUUGAAGUAAGUGGGGACAGCAGACUGGGAUAGGGAGAGAUUGAAUAUGUUCGUAAACACUCCAGCCAGCUGGUGCGCAUGCUCUGAGGAUGUGGCUAAGGAUGCUGUCUGGGCCGGCAGCCCUGCGAGGUUUAACACGCAUAAAUGUCUUAAUCACUUCGGCCACGGAGAAUGAGAGCGGGCCACAUCAGUGGCACUGUGUUAUCCUCAAAGUGGGUGAAGAAGGUGUUUAGCUAGUCCGGGAACAAGACGUUGGUGUCCACGACGUGGCUGGUUUUCCCUUUGUAAUCCGUGACUGUCUGUAUACCCUGCCACAUACGUCUCGUGUCUGAGCCAUUGAAAUGCGACUCCACUUUGUCUCUCUACUGACAUUUUGCCUGUUUGAUUGCCUUACGGAGGGAAUAACUACACUGUUUGUAUGCGACCAUAUUCCCAGUCACCUUGCUGUGGUUAAAUGCGGUGGUUCACGCUUUCAGUUUUGCACAAAUGUUGCUAUCUAUCAACGGUUUUUGGUUUGGGUAGGUUUUAAAAGUUACAGUGGGAACAACAUCCCCUGUACACUUCCUGAUCAACUCAGUCACCAUGUUAGUGUAUACGUCAAUGUUAUUCUCAGAGGCAACCCGGAACAUGUCCCAGUCCGCGUGAUCAAAAUAAUCUUGAAGCAUGGAUUCUGAUUGGUCAGACCGGCAUUGAAUAGACCUUAGCACAGGUACUUCCUGUUUGAGUUUCUCCUAUAUCCCUACACUCCCACCUGUUCACUGCACUCCUUUGACACUGACCUCCUCAUCAUACCUCGCACCAGGCUGCACUCCAUGUCAGAACCUCACAAUCCAUCCAUACAGAUCUUCAAGUCCAAACUAAAGACACACCACUUCACAUAGGAUUCUCUGCUUUUAUCCUGUCCUUAUGUUUAGUUUGCAUUUAUUUACAGUGCCUUCGGAAAGUAUUCAGACCCCUUGACUUUUUCAACAUUAGUUAGAUAACAGCCUUAUUCAAAAAUGUAUCAAAUAGUUUUUUCCCCUCAUCAAUCUACACACAAUGCCCCAUAAUGACAAAGCAAAAACAGAUUUUGAAAAAAUUGAAAUAUUACAUUAACAUAAGUAUUCAGACCCUUUACUCAGUACUUUGUUGAAGCACCUUUGGCAGCGAUUACAGCCUUGAGUCUUCUUGGGUAUGACGAUACAAGCUUGGCAUACCUGUAUUUAGGGAGUUUAUCACAUUCUUAUUUGCAGAUCCUCUCAAGCUCUGUCAGGUUGGAUGGGGAACGUUGCUGCACAGCUAUUUUCAGGUCUCUCUAGAGAUGUUCGAUCGGGUUCAAGUCCGGACACUGGGUGGGCUACUCAAGGACAUUCAAAGACUUGUCCCGAAGCCACUCCUGCGUUGUCCUGUUGGAAGGUGAACCUUGGCCCAGUCUGAGGUCCUGAGCGCUCUGGAGUAGGUUUUCAUCAAGGAUCUCACUGUACUUUGCUCCGUUCAUUGUUCCCUCGAUCCUGACUAGUCUCCCAAUCCCUGCCGCUUAAAAACAUCCCUACAGCAUGAUGCUGCCACCACCAUGCUUCACCGUAGGGAUGAUGCCAGGUUUUCUCCAGACGUGACGCUUGGCAUUCAGGCCAAAGAGUUCAAUCUUGGUUUCAUCUGACCAGAGAAUAUUGUUUCUCAUGGUCUGAGAGUAUUUAGGUAUCUUUUGGAAACCUUCAAGUGGGCUGUCAUGUGCCUUUUACAGAGGAGUGGCAUCUGUCUGGUCACUCAUCCAUAAAAGCCUGAUUGGUGGAGUGCUGCAGAGAUGGUUGUCCUUCUGGAAGGUUCUCCCAUCUCCACAGAGGAACUCUGGAGCUCUGUAAGAGUGACCAUCGGGUUCUUGGUCACCUCCCUAACCAAGGCCCUUCUCCCCCGAUUGCUCAGUUUGGCCAGGCGGCCAGCUCUAGGAAGAGUCUUGGUGGUUCCAAACUUCUUCCAUUUAAGAAUGAUGGAGACCACUGUGUUCUUGGGGACCUUCAAAGCUGCAGACAUUUUUUGGUACCCUUCCCCAAAUCUGUGCCUCGACACAAUCCUGUCUCAGAACUCUACGGACAAUUCCUUCGACCUCAUGGCUUGGUUUUUGCUCUGACAUGCACUGUCAACCUUUGGACCUUUUAUAGACAGGUGUGUGCCUUUCCAAAUCAUGUAAAAUCAAUUGAAUUUACUACAGGUGGAUUCCAAUCAAGUUGUAGAAACAUCUCAAGGAUGAUCAAUGGAAACAGGAUGCACCUGAGCUCAAUUUCGAGUCUCAUAUCAAAGGGUCUGAAUACUUAUGUAUUUCUGUUUUUAUUUUUAAUACAUUUAAUACAACAUUUCUAAAACCAUAAUAUCUAGGGCAUGUUGAGAAUGGUGUCAACAUCUUUAGCUCACAUAACUUAUUUACCCAUAUCACAAGUACUAUAACAAUCAAAUGAAUCAAUAUCAAUAUCUAAUACAUUAAUUGCAGUGUCAACAGCUUUAGUUAUUAAGAUAUUAAUAACUUAUUCAAAUCUAUCAGUCAGCUUACAACUCAUAAUCAUAAUGUGAUUCACCUUGGUCCCAUCACUCAAAGUUAAAACCCUCAACUUAGCACCCAUUUAUAUUAUCAUACAGUAUACAGUGGCUUGCGAAAGUAUUCACCCUCCUUGGCAUUUUUCCUAUUUUGUUGCCUUACAACCUGGAAUUAAAAUGGAUUUUGGGGAGUUUGUAUCAUUUGAUUUACACAACAUGCCUACCAAUUUGAAGAUGCAAAAUAUUUUUUAUUGUGAAACAAACAAGAAAUAAUAAGAAAAAAUAAAACUUGAGCGUGCAUAACUAUUCACCCCCCCAAAGUCAAUACUUUGUAAAGCCACCUUUUGCAGCAAUUACAGCUGCAAGUCUCUUGGGGUAUGUCUCUAUAAGCUUGGCACAUCUAACCCCUGGGAUUUUUGCCCAUUCUUCAUGGGAAAACUGCUCCAGCUCUUUCAAGUUGGAUGGGUUCCACUGGUGUACAGCAAUCUUUACGUCAUACCGCAGAUUCUCAUUUGGUUUGAGGUCUGGGCUUUGACUAGGCCAUUCCAAAACAUUUACAUGUUUCCCCUUAAACCACUCAAAUGUUUCUUUAGCAGUAUGCUUAGGGUCAUUGUCCUGCUGGAAGGUGAACCUCCAUCCCAGUCUCAAAUCUCUGGAAGACUGAAACAGGUUUCCUUCAAGAAUUUCCCUGUAUUUAGCGCCAUCCAUCAUUCCUUCAAUUCUGACCAGUUUCCCAGUCCCUGCCGAUGAAAAACAUCCCCACAGCAUGUUGCUGCCACCACCAUGGUUCACUGUGGGGAUGGUGUUCUCGGGGUGAUGAGAGGUGUUGGGUUUGCGCCAGUCAUAGCAUUUUCCUUGAUGUCCAAAAAGCUCAAUUUUAGUCUCAUCUGACCAGAGUACCUUCUUCCACAUGCCUUUUAGCGAACACCAAACGUGUUUGCUUAAUUUGUUCUUUAAGCAAUGGCUUUUUUUCUGGCCACUCUUCCGUAAAACCCAGCUCUGUGGAGUGUACGGCUUAAAGUGGUCCUAUAGACAGAUACUCCAAUCUCUGCUGUGGAGCUUUGCAGCUCCUUCAGGGUUAUCUUUGGUCUCUUUGUUGCCUCUCUGAUUAAUGCCCUCCUUGCCUGGUCUGUGAGUUUUAGUGGGCGGCCCUCUCUUGGCAGUUUUGUUGUGGUGCCAUGUUCUUUCAAUUUUUUUAUAAUGGAUGUUCAAAGUUUCAUUUAUUCUUUUAUAACCCAAUCCUGAUCUGUACUUCUCCACAACUUUGUCCCUGACCUGUUUGGAGAGCUCCUUGGUCUUCAUGGUGUCGCUUGCUUGUUGGUGCCCCUUGCUUAGUGGUGUUGCAGACUCUGGGGCCUUUCAGAACAGGUGUAUAUAUGCUGUGAUCAUGUGACAGAUCAUGUGACACUUAUAUUGCACACAGGUGGACUUUAUUUAACUAAUUAUGUGACUUCUGAAGGUAAUUGGUUGCACCAGAUCUUAUUUAAGGGCUUCAUAGCAAAGGGGGUGAAUACAUAUGCACGCACCACUUUUCCGUUAUCUAUUUUGUAUAAUUUUUUGAAACAAGUUAUUUUUUUUCAUUUCACUUCACCAAUUUGGACUAUUUUGUGUAUGUCCAUUACAUGAAAUCCAAAUAAAAAUCCAUUUAAAUUACAGGUUGUAAUGCAACAAAAUCGUAAGAAAGCCAAGGGGGAUGAAUACCUUUUCAAGGCACUGUAAUUAUCCAUAAUUCUAGCAUUAGCUUCCUCAUAAGGAGAAUAACUACAGAUCAUUAUCUCAAUGCAUUCUUAGUCUAAAUUACUAUAAAUGUAGCAGUGUGUAGACCUCCUUAAUCAACCCCUUCCUUCCCCGACACUCAAUAUUCUGGCAUCUCUUCAUUAUGUUCUUCAGAUAGCUUCAUAGUUCAUGUCUCACCUGAGCCGCCCCCACCUCUACCCCCAUUAUGUUUUGUCCAUUUGCCAACCAGUAUACCAGCACCAUGAGAGAUAAUGUAUUUGAACAGAUCUCUCUUCAUGCCCACUCCACAUGGACUCCUGUCACACUCCUGAGAGAAAAGGCAUAAGAGAAAAGGCAGUUGGAUGAUAGCUUCGAUUGGAUGCUAGUUCUGAUUCAGGUCUCUUGGUAGAAGUGGUGCUGGACAGGACCCUAUUCAACGCUUUUGUUGCUCAUCUUCAGCCGGUUGUUUUUUUAAAUUAUUUUUAUUGAGGUUCACACUGUUCUUGACAGAAUUAUCUCUGCCAUUCAUCAAGACACCAUCUGUAGUAACCUCGAGAGAGGACAGAUCAUAACUGUUUAGAUGAGUUCAUUUCCAAUCCAAAAAAUCCAUAUCAGCAUUGACUAUAUGACAAAUUAUUAUGUUUUACCAAUUAUUCUUAAUACCAAUUUCUAAUAUACUCCCCUUAUCACCCUGUCGACUUCACCACAGAGUCACAGAAUCAGCAAGUUAGAUCUCAAUUUCUGUUAGGGGAACUAGACAAAGACAGAGAAAUCAAUGGUGGGGAAGUCAGGUGAUUCUUGAAGGUCUGGGAGAUCUUGAAGUUCUUGGAGGUCUGUCCCUCCUGUCCCUCCCUAUAGGGAAUCAGUCAGAGCAUGCAGCCCAUCAGUAGCAUUCCAAUUUCCAUCCUCCCCCAUCUCCUGAUUCUGGCCAGCUCGAGCAUCCUCAGCUCCCUCAUCUCUAGGUCGUCGGUUUCCUUGUGGUACUCUGGUGCAGUGGAUUAGAUGAUACCAGGUCAAGCUCCCCUCUAUCCUUACAGCCGUCGGUGCAGCCUGAGUGACGAUGUAUGGUCUCUUUGGCUCGGGACCUUCUUCCAUCACUAGGGUCUACGGAUCAGGCAGAGUCCCUCUCAAUUCAUCGAGAUCGGUCUGCGGAGAGUGUUCUUCUGGCAGCGUACCAACAGGGAAGCUUGGAGUCACUACUGCAAAGACACCCAGAGACAGACAGACAUAAAAUUAAACAAUGCUAUCCACUGGCGAGGCCAUCUUCCUCUUCUGGGGUUGAAACUCUCCUACAGUGGGACACAUGGAUCCAGGUUUCUGUCUCUGCCACUUUCACCGUCACCGAGGUAUCCAGCAACACCUGGUACGGGCCCCUUCACCUAGGAUCUUUCCAGCUCUUUCUUCUGUAGUCUUUUACCGCCACAAAAUCUCCAGGGCGCAGAAAAUGCCCAGAUUCUCCAGCUAGGUUGGGCAGAGAAGCCUUCACCCGUGGGAAGAAAGUCUUAAGAACAUUGUUCGGUGAGACACAGUAUGCUACUGUACCAUGUCUUCUCAUCAGUCAGGAGAAGCCCUGAGAUUCGGAAGUGCACAUUUUUGCAGCUUGUUGUAGUCCACUAGUUUCAGAGACAGGCCCAUUUGCACACAACACAUUCCAUCUAACCCAUAACACAUUAAUUACUACUGCUCAUAUUCUUAAUUGAAUUUGCAUAUUUACCAAAAGGCCCCAGGGGACCAGUAAUUCCCGAAAACUUAAACCCCCAAAUGUGUUAUCGCUUGUUGUACUUUCCCACAUGCCUUGUGGCCCCUCUCUACUAAAAUAGUUUACUAAUGUGAUGAUGGUCUGGCCUAUCAGUAUUCUCAUCAUUCAACGGCCAUAACAAUUCACCACACCACAAAACCCUCAAAUUCACACCCUUCAGCGAUUCUUUAAAUGCAACAUGAUACAACGUUUGACUAUUUGUAAUGUCACUUUUUAGAAUCCACUGUCUUUGACUCUCGCAAGGAUUCUCUAACCACACUAAAUGUAAUACUUUUUCCUGUCGCAAAUAUAGUCCAUUUCUCAGUGUAAGGAAUCAGUGAUAUCUGAUCCCAAGCAUCUAUUAAAAUGUUGUUUGAGACGUGGUCUCCUACAUCUCCCUUAACAUACAUACUGUAGGGGACUUCAAUCAAUCCUGGAAGAAAGAAUCCUACUCAAGACACAUCAGAUAAUAUUGUGUUCAAUUAAGGGGAAAAACACCUUUUAAAAUAAACAAACCCAUAACCCCUUUCCGGUAAUCUAAUCACCGCAACCUGUUGCAUUGAUUUAGUUAAAAAUAUAAACCUGUUGAUUAACAAAUCUAGAACCUACAAAAAGUUGGUGUUGCCCCAUCAGCGUAAUAGUCAAAACUACCUGCCAUCCAUUGUUUAACGUAACAGAAACAGAUUAUCAUUUUAGAAUUCAUUAACUGUUUGCAUAAACUACUGGUGUUACGCAAACUAUAGAAUUGAGUAAUAAUAAUUAGAAAUUGUCAAAUAACUUUUCCGAUUCACCUAUUCAGACCUCUGCUUCAAAUAUCCCACUGCGUAUCUUACAUUUCCAUAUAGCCCAGCGAGCACGACUCUCUUUCACCCGCCUGACUAAAUCAUGGCAUUAGUAAAGUCUAUCCACAAACCACCAAUAACAUAUUUGCAUUCACAUUACCAGAAAGCAUUAUUUUAAUUCCAGUUUACUCAAACAAUUACAUUUGACACUUCUUAUUUCCCAAUUAACCAACUUUCCUUUUAACCCAGAAAGCCCUGUAAAAUCUCUAUUAUCGUCAACCUCUGUCUUUCCCUCUAACGUUACUUUACCAGGUGACCAAUUAUAUUAUUAAAUUGUAGUCAAAACAAACAAAACAUCUAUUCACAGGGAGGCCAUUUUAAUUACUAUGUUAUCCUAGGCCGCCAUGGGUUGGUAGGACAAUCCCUUUCGGAUAAUCUAAUAAUUGCAACCGGUGAUCCGGUUCAACAGCAUCAAUGUAACAGAUCUGCUUCCGUCCCUACCUGGGCUUCAACCAGGGACCCUCUUUUGUUUUGGGUCAUUGUCAUGCUGGAAUACCCAUCCACAACCCAUUUUCAAUGCCCUGGCUGAGGGAAGGAGGUUCUCACCUAAGAUUUGACGGUACAUGGCCCCGUCCAUCGUCCCUUUGAUGCGGUGAAGUUGUCCUGUCCCCUUAGCAGAAAAAUACCCCCAAAGCAUAAUGUUUCCACCUCCAUGUUUGACGGUGGGGAUGGUGUUCUUGGGGUCAUAGGCAGCAUUCCUCCUCCUCCAAACACGGCGAGUUGAGUUGAUGGCAAAGAGCUCGAUUUUGGUCUCAUCUGACCACAACACUUUCACCCAGUUCUCCUCUGAAUCAUUCAGACGAUCAGGAUAACUCCAGAUAAAGAAGGGUUAUUGCCAUUGGAGAAGGAAUUGGUAGACCAUACAUAAUGCCAGAGUUAGGAGGACUGGAGCAGGCAGAAAUAGAAAUUGAGAGCACCCUAGCAGAACACGGGAGAAGGUUGUUUAUUAACCACACCCGUAUGUCAGAGGUUUUGUGCCCCACAGGUGAACUAAAUGAGAAGGUGACCCACUCUAUCCAACCAGGUGACUGGUGUGGAUGUCCAGUCCCUAAAGAAGAAAGACUGGAAGCAGGCCUGUUGGGAAGGGCCCUAUCAGGUUAUAUUGGUCACCACAUUUGUCAUUAGAAUAGCAGAAAGAGCAACCUGGUUCCACAUUACCCAAUGCAAAAAGGUAAGAGCACAUACAAGCACCACUGAACACACACAGAGUUAGAGAGAAGAACUGGACCAAUAGGGUCUGGGGAUCACCUCUGUUAACGAAGAUCUCCUACCCUGACCUAUCAUCACUGUAGUGUGUUCUCAGGGUGUGAGUAUGGGGUGGUACCAAGCAGAAAGACUGAGGGCAGGAGAGGGUUGGCGGUUUUUGGGAAUAUGGGUAACCUGAGCUGCAUCAUAGCAAUGGUCCUGAUAUGUCAAGAUCCACCACCACACCGCACCAAUUACGCUAUGCCCUUACCAUUGUUAGAAAGUAAAAGAGAAGAGAAGCGACCCAACAUACUGACCGUCAAGGACGAGUGGCCUACAAAAUAGGAGUCAAAGAAGGGCAGACUAUAGGAUUCGAAAUAAGGGUUAGGGACGUAGCCAACGGGUGGGGUACAUGUCAAUAAGCCAUUUGGGAUUAUAAAAUCCCAUAAUAUUCGUGUUCGAGCCCCACGGCAGAUUGUUCCAAGACUCAAGUGUUUAAACACACUUGGGUACGGGAAUAUGAGACCGAGCGGGAUUGGACAUCCAGAUGGGGGGGUAAAGAGAAACAAAGACAUCACCAAUUAUCAAUUGGAGAUAGUAGUAAUGUGACUGACUUAAGUUCGGAAGCACAGGAGAGAAUUCUGAACCUUACAGCCCCGUAACCGAUGUGUGGUGGGCGUGUGCCAGUAAAGGCAGUAUAAGGCAGAGAAUGCCAAAAGGGUGACUAGGUACGUACGCCCCGGUUCUACUGGUUCAGCUAGUUAGAAUUAGUCACCAGGAACCAAGGAAAGGGUUAAACAGAUGUAGGAGGAGUUUUGACAAGAAGGAGAAUAGCCCUAAUUAGAUGAAUGUGAUUGGGAUACCAAGGGGAGUACCGGAUGAAUACAAAGCCUGAAACAAGUAGGGGAAGGGUUUAGUACAAUGUUCUUCUGGUGGGUGACAAUAAACAAAAAUGUGGAUUGGAUUAAUUAUAUCUAUUACGACCAACAACGAUUUGUUGGCCAGACUAGGGAUGCAGUAAAGGGGAUCUCUGAACAAUUAUCCGCCACCUCACUCAUGACUUGGGAAAAUAGGUUGGCUCUAGAUCAGGCAGAAAGAGGCGGUGUCUAUAGAAUGGUGGGCCAUUGUUGCACAUUUAUCCCUAAAAACACCGCACCGGAUGGGACAGUCACCAGAGCUCUUGCAGGAUUGACUGCUCUAAGUGAGGAAUGGGCUGAGAACUCAGGAGUUAAUACAUCUUUGAUAGGAUGAUUUGAUGAAAUGUUUGGUAAAUGGAAAACCAUAGCAGCCACCAUCUUGGGGGCAGCCAGCGUUUGUAUGGGUAUUCUUGUAUUAUGUGGUUGUUGUCUUGAUCCCUGUGUCCGAGGGUUGGUGAGUAAGGCGUUGGAGAAUGUACGCCGCCAGGGACUCAAAUCCUGCAGUGCCAGACGUGUCCCCCUGCUUAAGCCAGUACAUGUCCAGGCCCGUCUGAAGUUUGCUACAGUGCAUUUGGAUGAUCCAGAAGAGGAUUGGGAGAAUGUCAUAUGGUCAGAUGAAACCAAAAUAUAACUUUUUGGUAAAAACUCAACUCGUCGUGUUUGGAAGACAAAGAAUGCUGAGUUGCAUCCAAAGAACACCAUACCUACUGUGAAGCAUCAGGGUGGAAACAUCAUGCUUUGGGGCUGCUCUAGAGGAGAUCUGCAUGGAGGAAUGGGCCAAAAUACCAGCAACAGUGUGUGAAAACCUUGUGAAGACUUACAGAAAACGAUUGACCUGUGUCAUGUUUUUCUGCAAAGGGACCAGGACGACUGAUCCGUGUAAAGGAAAGAAUGAAUGGGGCCAUGUAUCGUGAGAUUUUGAGUGAAAACCUCCUUCCAUCAGCAAGGGCAUUGAAGAUGAAACGUGGCUGGGUCUUUGACCAUGACAAUGAUCCCAAACACACCGCCCGGGCAACGAAGGAGUGGCUUCGUAAGAAGCAUUUCAAGGUCCUGGAGUGGCCUAGCCAGUCUCCAGAUCUCAACCCCAUAGAAAAUCUUUGGAGGGAGUUGAAAGUCUGUGUUGCCCAGCGACAGCCCCAAAACAUCACUGCUCUAGAGGAGAUCUGCAUGGAGGAAUGGGCCAAAAUACCAGCAACAGUGUGUGAAAACCUUGUGAAGACUUACAGAAAACGUUUGACCUGUGUCAUUGCCAACAAAGGGUAUAUAACAAAGUAUUGAGAAACUUUUGUUAUUGACCAAAUACUUAUUUUCCAGCAUAAUUUGCAAAUAAAUUCAUUAAAAAUCCUACAAUGUGAUUUUCUGGAGAAAAACAAAUCUCAUUUUGUCUGUCAUAGUUGACGUGUACCUAUGAUGAAAAUUACAGGCCUCUCUCAUCUUUUUAAGUGGGAGAACUUGCACAAUUGGUGGCUGACUAAAUACUUUUUUUCCCCACUGUAUCACUAUUUCUAAAACAAGCCGUAGAAAGUUGGCUGCGAUUUCAAUUUAAUCCUCCAGAAACGACAGAACAAAUAAUGCAACAAAUAUUGAGGUUAAACUUAAAUAUACUAAUUGACAAAAAAACUUUUUUUUGACAAAAUGUUUAAAAAAGGUAUAAUCUUUGUAAAUGAUAUCAUCGGUAGGACUUAUGUCGCACAUGCAGCUAACAAAAACAUAUGGAAAUGUCUGCUCUACACAAAAUUACAACCAAAUAAUUGCAGCCUUACCGCAAAAAUGGAAGAGGAAAGUGGAAGGGGGAGAAAGUAAGGAACUUGUCUGUCGGCCUUGCAUUAAAGAACAUAAUUGGUUAAGGAAAACUGUGAUAAAUAAAAAAGGAUAUCAGUUUCAUUUAAGGACCAAAGAAUUGACAGCCGUUCCAUAUAGAUAGAAAAAUAGUUGGGAAGAGAUUUUUGACAUACCGAUUCCAUGGCAUAGUGUUUAUGAACUGAUACACAAAACGAUGCCGGAUUCAAAACUUUGAAUAUUUCAAUUUCAAUUAUUAUAUUACAUUCUUGCUACCAAUAGAAUGUUAUUUAUAUGGGGGAUACAAUCUUUCCAGCUCUGCAGAUUUUGCUGCGAAGAGACAGAAUCAUUAGAUCAUUUGUUUUGGUACUGUCCAUUUGUAGCUUCUUUUUGGACACUGGUCCAGGAAUGGCUAAAUGAUUGCAAUAUUUACCUGGAGCAAACCCUGCAGAUAGCACUACUGGGUGAUCUGAAAAGUCAUAGUCAAUCGAUCAAUCACAUAAUAAUACUAUUAGCAAAAAUGUUUAUUUUCAAUUCACAAUCUGUAGAAACAAUGAGAAUAGAAAGGUUCAGAACUUUUGUAAGACAUCACAGUACAGUUGAAAUACAGUGGGGAGAACAAGUAUUUGAUACACUGCCGAUUUUGCAGGUUUUCCUACUUACAAAGCAUGUAGAGGUCUGUAAUUUUUAUCAUAGGUACACUUCAACUGUGAGAGACGGAAUCUAAAACAAAAAUCCAGAAAAUCACAUUGUAUGUUUUUUAAGUAAUUGAUUUGCAUUUUAUUGCAUGACAUAAGUAUUUGAUCACCUACCAACCAGUAAGAAUUCCGGCUCUCACAGACCUGUUAGUUUUUCUUUAAGAAGCCCUCCUGUUCUCCACUCAUUACCUGUAUUAACUACACCUGUUUGAACUCGUUACCUAUAUAAAAAGACACCUGUUCACACACUCAAUCAAACAGACUCCAACCUCUCCACAAUGGCCAAGACCAGAGAGCUGUGUAAGGACAUCAGGGAUACAAUUGUAGACCUGCACAAGGCUGGGAUGGGCUACAGGACAAUAGGCAAGCAGCUUGGUGAGAAGGCAACAACUGUUGGAGGAAUUAUUAGAAAAUGGAAGAAGUUCAAGAUGACGGUCAAUCACCCUCGGUCUGGGUCUCCAUGCAAGAUCUCACCUCGUGGGGCAUCAAUGAUCAUGAGGAAGGUGAGGGAUCAGCCCAGAACUACACGGCAGGACCUGGUCAAUGACCUGAAGAGAGCUGGGACCACAGUCUCAAAGAAAACCAUUAGUAACACACUACGCCGUCAUGGAGUAAAAUCCUGCAGCGCACGCAAGUUCCCCCUGCUCAAGCCAGCGCAUGUCCAGGCCCGUCUGACGUUUGCCAAUGACCAUCUGGAUGAUCCAGAGGAGGAAUGGGAGAAGGUCAUGUGGUCUGAUGAGACAAAAAUAGAGCUUUUUGGUCUAAACUCCACUCGCCGUGUUUGGAGGAAGAAGAAGGAUGAGUACAACCCCAAGAACACCAUCCCAACCGUGAAGCAUGGAGGUGGAAACAUCAUUCCUUGGGGAUGCUUUUCUGCAAAGGGGACAGGACGACUGCACCUUAUUGAGGGAAGGAUGGAUGGGGACAUGUAUCGUGAGAUCUUGGCCAACAACCUCCUUCCCUCAGUAACAGCAUUGAAGAUGGGUCGUGACUGGGUCUUCCAGCAUGACAACGACCCGAAACACACAGCCAGGGCAACUAAGGAGUGGCUCCGUAAGAAGCAUCUCAAGGUCCUGGAGUGGCCUAGCCAGUCUCCAGACCUGAACCCAAUUGAAAAUCUUUGGAGGGAGCUGAAAGUCCGUAUUGCCCAGCGACAGCCCCGAAACCUGAAGGAUCUGGAGAAGGUCUGCAUGGAGGAGCAGGCCAAAAUCCCUGCUGCAGUGUGUGCAAACCUGGUCAAGACCUACAGGAAACGUAUGAUCUCUGUAAUUGCAAAACAAAGGUUUCUGUACCAAAUAUUAAGUUCUGCUUUUCUGAUGUAUCAAAUACUUAUGUCAUGCAAUAAAAUGCAAAUUAUUUAUUUAAAAAUCAUACAAUGUGAUUUUCUGGAUUUUUGUUUUAGAUUCCGUCUCUCACAGUUGAAGUGUACCUAUGAUAAAAAUUACAGACCUCUACAUGCUUUGUAAGUAGGAAAACCUGCAAAAUUGGCAGUGUAUCAAAUACUUGUUCUCCCCACUGUAUAUAUGGCAAAUAGAAAUCCUAUAUGGAUGGUGUUAAAAGAUAGAUGGGAGGUGUUGAAUGGAAUGGAAGGAUGGGACUAAUAACAACUAACAACAAACAAUAACAAGAUAUCUAAUAAUGUAGGCACGCUGUGUCCAUAAUAAGUGUAUAGGUUGUAGGUUGGGAGCUUUUGUGAAGGAGCACAGUUAGAAAGAUAUGGCAUAUAGAAGCAAACCGGAUGGACAUCAUGAAAAUGAUCGGAGAGGUUGAGAGUAGAAGAAGUUCAGGAGGAAGAACAAACAAAAUGUAAUUAUUGUAAAAUUGACUGUGUCCAUAAAAUGUAGAUAGUAAGUAUAAGCUGGAAGUAGAGGCCUAAGCAUUGUUGUUCAAUAGUUUACUCCAAGUAGGGAAAGGGUGGCGGGGUUGGAAAGUAAUAAAGGGGAAUAUAUAUAUAUAUAUAUAUAUAUAUAUAUAUAUAUAUAUUUUUUUUUAAGGAUAUGUAUGUGUAUGUAUGUAUGUAUGUGGGUGUGUAUGUGUGUGUGUGUGUAUAUAUACAGUGGGGAAAAAAAGUAUUUAGUCAGCCACCAAUUGUGCAAGUUCUCCCACUUAAAAAGAUGAGAGAGGCCUGUAAUUUUCAUCAUAGGUACACGUCAACUAUGACAGACAAAAUGAGAAAAUAAAAUCCAGAAAAUCACAUUGUAGGAUUUUUAAUGAAUUUAUUUGCAAAUUAUGGUGGAAAAUAAGUAUUUGGUCAAUAACAAAAGUUUCUCAAUACUUUGUUAUAUACCCUUUGUUGGCAAUGACACAGGUCAAACGUUUUCUGUAAGUCUUCACAAGGUUUUCACACACCGUUGCUGGUAUUUUGGCCCAUUCCUCCAUGCAGAUCUCCUCUAGAGCAGUGAUGUUUUGGGGCUGUCGCUGGGCAACACAGACUUUUAACUCCCUCCAAAGAUUUUCUAUGGGGUUGAGAUCUGGAGACUGGCUAGGCCACUCCAGGACCUUGAAAUGCUUCUUACGAAGCCACUCCUUCGUUGCCCGGGCGGUGUGUUUGGGAUCAUUGUCAUGCUGAAAGACCCAGCCACAUUUCAUCUUCAAUGCCCUUGCUGAUGGAAGGAGAUUUUCACUCAAAAUCUCACGAUACAUGGCCCCAUUCAUUCUUUCCUUUACACGGAUCAGUCGUCCUGGUCCCUUUGCAGAAAAACAGCCCCAAAGCAUGAUGUUUCCACCCCCAUGCUUCACAGUAGGUAUGGUGUUCUUUGGAUGCAACUCAGCAUUCUUUGUCCUCCAAACACAACGAGUUGAGUUUUUACCAAAAAGUUAUAUUUUGGUUUCAUCUGACCAUAUGACAUUCUCCCAAUCCUCUUCUGGAUCAUCCAAAUGCACUCUAGCAAACUUCAGACGGGCCUGGACAUGUACUGGCUUAAGCAGGGGGACACGUCUGGAACUGCAGGAUUUGAGUCCCUGGCGGCGUAGUGUGUUACUGAUGGUAGGCUUUGUUACUUUGGUCCCAGACCUCUGCAGGUCAUUCACUAGGUCCCCCCGUGUGGUUCUGGGAUUUUUGCUCACCGUUCUUGUGAUCAUUUUGACCCCACGGGGUGAGAUCUUGCGUGGAGCCCCAGAUCGAGGGAGAUUAUCAGUGGUCUUGUAUGUCUUCCAUUUCCUAAUAAUUGCUCCCACAGUUGAUUUCUUCAAACCAAGCUGCUUACCUAUUGCAGAUUCAGUCUUCCCAGCCUGGUGCAGGUCUACAAUUUUGUUUCUGGUGUCCUUUGACAGCUCUUUGGUCUUGGCCAUAGUGGAGUUUGGAGUGUGACUGUUUGAGGUUGUGGACAGGUGUCUUUUAUACUGAUAACAAGUUCAAACAGGUGCCAUUAAUACAGGUAACGAGUGGAGGACAGAGGAGCCUCUUAAAGAAGAAGUUACAGGUCUGUGAGAGCCAGAAAUCUUGCUUGUUUUUGGUGACCAAAUACUUAUUUUCCACCAUAAUUUGCAAAUAAAUUCAUUAAAAAUCCUACAAUGUGAUUUUCUCGAUUUUUUUUCUCAAUUUGUCUGUCAUAGUUGACGUGUACCUAUGAUGAAAAUUACAGGCCUCUCUCAUCUUUUUAAGUGGGAGAACUUGCACAAUUGGUGGCUGACUAAAUACUUUUUUUCCCCACUGUAUAUAUAUAUAUAUAUAUAUAUAUAUAUAUAUAUAUAUAUAUAUAUAUAUAUAUAUAUAUAUAUAUAAACAUAUAUAAACAUGGGGGAUUGGAAGUGAUGCAGACAAUUACAUUGAUGGAAGUUACAAUCUAUCUGCAAUAUUAAGCUGAUCUACCCCCCCAAAAAAUUAAAAAAUAAAUAUUCAUUAACAGGUGGGUUGUGUGUGGGUGCUGGCAUGUGUGUGGCAAAAAUCGUGGGGGAAAACACAAACAAAAUGGCCAGGCCUUGCUUAAUUUGGGAGGUCCCUUAACAGCUGGAUCCAGGUACUUUUGACUUCUCUCAUAAGGCACUUGCCUUAGAAAGCCUUUCAAAGGGAGAGAUACAGAAUCAUCGAUAAACAUGUAAAAAAAAACUUGGUAGCGGACAUUCCAUCAGUCCUGGAAGAAAGAAAAUAAACAUAAUCAAGUUUACUGCAUCUUGGGCAGGAAGUCUUAAUAAACCCAUACGUAUACAGAAUUAUACUUCAGACACAUUUAUACUUCAGACACAUCAGAUGAUACAGUGUCCCUUAAAGCUAAAUUAGGCACCUUCUAAAGUAAACAAUCCCAGAGCACCUCUUAAAUCCCUGGUGCUACCCAAACUACAGAAUUGAGAAAUAAAUAGUCAAAAACGUGUCUUAUUCAAUUAUUCACCUCUGUCCCAAAUUACAGCCUGUUUGAGUUCAGUGUGUUCUGGCGGCUAUCUAUUGUUCCACAGGAAGCUUAUCUCUUAACCCAAACACCAGAUGGCUUAAACACGAGAGCAGUGAACCAGGCCUUGAAAAGUGAGCGGCCUCUAAUUUAAGUCGUAAUGCUCAAUCCCUCUGUCUUAAUUGUGGGUUAUCAAUUGUGGGUUAGAAUUGAGGCACGAAGCUAGCUAGCUAGCGGGUAGCUAUUGGUAACGAUUAGCAACGCUGGAGAGCUGGUUCCAACGGUAAUGUAGUCCUACCCAACGUUUAACUUUUGCUUAACCAUGUACUAGAUCGUAGGUAGGUAGUUAGCUGUAGUUAGGUAUUGUAUUUAUUGUAGGUUAGUAUUGUUGUUAUUGUAGCUUUCCGUGGGUAAUUGUGGGUUAGAAUUGAGGCACGAAGCUAGCUAGCUAGCGGGUAGCUAUUGGUAACGAUUAGCAACGCUGGAGAGCUGGUUCCAACGGUAAUGUAGUCCUACCCAACGUUUAACUUUUGCUUAACCAUGUACUAGAUCGUAGGUAGGUAGUUAGCUGUAGUUAGGUAUUGUAUUUAUUGUAGGUUAGUAUUGUUGUUAUUGUAGCUUUCCGUGGGUAAUUGUGGGUUAGAAUUGAGGCACGAAGCUAGCUAGCUAGCGGGUAGCUAUUGGUAACGAUUAGCAACGCUGGAGAGCUGGUUCCAACGUUUAAUUAUUAUUAUUAUUAUUAUUAUUAUUAUUUUUUUUUUUUGCUGCGUUGUGAAGGGAACUCGACACGGACUUGAAUUGUCUGUUUGGUGUGCUGACACACUCUUGGCAGUUUGUUGUGGCCAGGUGUUGAUGCUAGUUGUGUGUUAAUGGAUGCUAGCUUGCAGGUUGGCUACGGCGUCAUAGCUAGGCUUCGUGGGUUGUUGUGGGUAGUUACUGUGUCUUGGCAGUGUCCUCGGCCGUGCCAGCUGUAGCACGAAGCUAGCUAGCUAGCCGUUCUUCAAACAGAGUCGACACAGUGGCCAUUGCUAGCUACCCAACAUGACCAUUUGGCUGUACUGAAGUAGCUAACCACAAUUUACUUGUCCUAGCUAGCCAACGUCUAAUCAUUGCUGCGUCAUGUAAGGAACUUGACACAGACACGAAUGAUCUGUUUAGUGUGUUAUCACAAUAUUGGUGGUUUGUUGUGACCAAGUGUUGGCGCUAAACGGUGUGUUAUUGUUAUUGGAUGCUAGUCUGCUAGUUGGCUAUGGAGUCAUAGUUGGCUAGCUGAACAAAGUGGGUUGAGUCUACUCCUUUAAACAUUGAACCGCUGUGGUUCACAACAAUUCUGAUUUCCAAAGGCGGAAGUUGGGAGAGUUUUUUCUUCGGGUGGUUCAGUGAAACAAUUUUAGUUUCCGAGGUAGAAGUUUUGGUGAGGGAGGCCCUGCUCUCUCCACUCCCAGAUGCUUAGCCCAUUUCAUUCCGAUCUCCUCUGCAUUUUUGUAGCCAUUUGCUACAGCCUGUCAACUAUGCCUCUGCCUAUCCCUGUUCUCUCCUCUCUGCACAGGCUACACAAACGCACCACACCGCGUGGCUGCUGCCUCUCCAAUCUGGUGGUCCCUGCACGCACCACCCACGUGGAGUUCCAGGUCGCAGGCAGCCUCUGGAACUGCCGUUCUGCUGCCAACAAAGCUGACUUCAUCCCAGCCUAUGCCAACCUCCAGUCCCUCGACUUCCUGGCGCUGACGGAAACAUGGAUCACCACUGAAAACACCGCUACUCCUACUGCUCUCUCCUCGUCUGACCAUGUGUUCUCGCAUACCCCGAGAGCAUCUGGUCAGAGGGGUGGUGGUACAGGAAUCCUCAUCUCUCCCAAGUGGACAUUCUCAAUUUUUCCCCUAACCCAUCUGUCUAUUUCCUCAUUUGAAUUCCAUGCUGUCACAGUCACUAGCCCAUUUAAGCUUAAUAUCCUUGUCAUCUAUCGCCCUCCAGGUUCCCUUGGAGAGUUCAUCAAUGAGCUUGACGCCUUGAUAAGUUCCUUCCCUGAGGAUGGCUCACCCCUCACAGUUUUGGGGGAUUUCAACCUCCCUAUGUCCACAUUUGACUCAUUUCUCUCUGCCUCCUUCUUUCCACUCCUCUCCUCUUUUGACCUCACCCUCUCACCGUCCCCCCCUACUCACAAGGCAGGCAAUACGCUUGACCUCAUCUUCACUAGAUGCUGCUCCUCUACUAAUCUCACUGCAACUCCCCUCCAAGUCUCCGACCACUACUUUGUUUCCUUUUCUCUCUCACUCUCCUCCCACACUACUCACUCUGCCCCUACACAGAUGGGCCGCCGCAACCUUCGCUCUCUCUCUCCCACUACUCUCUCCUCUUCCAUCCUAUCAUCUCUUCCCUCUGCUCAAUCCUUCUCCCUCCAAUCUCCUGAUUCUGCCUCCUCAACCCUCCUCUCCUCCCUUUCUGCAUCCUUUGACUCUCUGUGUCCCCUAUCCUCCCGGCCGGCUCGGUCCUCCCCUCCAGCUCCGUGGCUUGAUGACUCAUUGCGAGCUCACAGAACAGAGCUCCGGGCAGCGGAGCGGAAAUGGAAGAAAACUAAAUUCCCUGCCGACCUGGCAUCUUUUCACUCCCUCCUCUCUACAUUUUCUUCAUCUGUUUCUGCUGCUAAGGCCACCUUCUACCACUCUAAAUUCCAAGCAUCUGCCUCUAACCCUAGGAAGCUCUUUGCCACAUUUUCCUCCCUCCUGAAUCCUCCCUCCCCCCCCCCCCCCCCCCUCCUCUCUCUCUGUGGAUGACUUCGUCAACCACUUUGAAAAGAAGGUUGACGACAUCCGAUCCUUGUUUGUUAAGUCUAAUGACACUGCUGGUCCUGCUCACACUGCCCUACCCUAUGCUUUGACUUCUUUCUCCCCUCUCUCUCCAGAUAAGAUCCUGCGACUUGUGACUGCAGGCCGCCCAACAACCUGCCCGCUUGACCCCAUCCCCUCCUCCCUUCUCCAGACCAUCUCCGGUGACCUUCUCCCCUACCUCACCUCGCUGAUCAACUCAUCCUUGACCGCUGGCCAUGUCCCUUCCGUCUUCAAGAGAGCGAGAGUUACUCCCCUUCUCAAAAAACCAACACUCGACCCCACUGAUGUCAACAACUACAGACCAGUAUCCCUUCUUUCUUUUCUUUCCAAAACUAUUGAGCGUGCCGUCUUUAGCCAACUCUCUUGCUAUCUCUCUCAGAAUGACCUUCUUGAUCCAAACCAAUCAGGUUUCAGGACUGGUCAUUCAACUGAGACUGCUCUUCUCUGUGUCACAGAGACUCUCCGCACUGCUAAAGCUAACUCUCUCUCCUCUGCUCUUGUCCUUCUAGACCUGUCUGCUGCCUUUGAUACUGUGAACCAUCAGAUCCUCCUCUCCACCCUCUCCGAAAUGGGCAUCUCCGGCGCGGCUCACUCCUGGAUUGCGUCCUACCUGACCGGUCGCUCCUACCAAGUGGCGUGGCGGGAAGCUGUCUCCGCACCACGUGCUCUCACCACUGGUGUCCCCCAGGGAUCGGUUUUGGGCCCUCUCCUUUUCUCCCUAUACACCAAGUCACUUGGCUCUGUCAUAUCCUCACAUGGCCUUUCCUAUCAUUGCUACGCUGACGAUACACAACUAAUCUUCUCCUUUCCCCCUUCUGAUAACCAGGUGGCGAAUCGCAUCUCUGCAUGUCUGGCAGACAUAUCAGUAUGGAUGACGGAUCACCACCUCAAGCUGAACCCUGGCAAGACGGAGCUGCUCUUCCUCCCGGGGAAGGACUGCCCGUUCCAUGAUCUCGCCAUCACGGUAGACAACUCCGCUGUGUCCUCCUCCCAGAGUGCGAAGAGCCUAGGCGUGACCCUGGACAACACCCUGUCGUUCUCCGCCAACAUCAAGGCGGUGACCCGCUCCUGCAGGUUCAUGCUCUACAACAUUCGGAGAGUGCGACCCUGCCUUACACAGGAAGCGGCGCAGGUCCUGGUCCAGGCACUUGUCAUCUCCCGUCUGGACUACUGCAACUCGCUGUUGGCUGGGCUCCCUGCCUGUGCCAUUAAACCCCUACAACUCAUCCAGAAUGCCGCAGCCCGUCUGGUGUUCAACCUUCCCAAGUUCUCUCACGUCACCCCCCUCCUCCGCACACUCCACUGGCUUCCAAUUGAAGCUCGCAUCCGCUACAAGACCAUGGUGCUUGCCUUUGGAGCAGUGAGGGGAACGGCACCCCUGUACCUUCAGGCUCUGAUCAGUCCCUACACCCAAACGAGGACAUUGCGUUCAUCCACCUCUGGCCUGCUGGCUCCCCUUCCUCUGCGGAAGCACAGCUCCCGCUCAGCCCAGUCAAAACUGUUCGCUGCCCUGGCACCCCAAUGGUGGAACAAGCUCCCUCACGACGCCAGGACAGCGGAGUCACUCACCACCUUCCGGAGACAUUUGAAACCCCACCUCUUUAAGGAAUACCUGGGAUAGGCUAAAGUAUUCCUUCUAACCCCCCCCCCCCAAAUUGUAAAGUGGUUAUCCCACUGGCUAUAGGGUGAACGCACCAAUUUGUGAGUCGCUCUGGCUAAGAGCGUCUGCUAAAUGACGUUAAUGUGCCCUUGAGCAAGGCACUUAACCCUAAUUGCUCCUGUAAGUCGCUCUGGUUAAGAGCGUCUGCUAAAUGACUAAAAUGUAAAUGUAAAAUGUUAAUUCUUCAAAUUACUAAGACAUUGCAUUAUUGGAUUGCUAUCUGAAAGCCAAUUACCAUUGACUUUGUUAAGUUUUCUGACGACACAACAGUGGUAGGCCUGAUCAGCGACAACGAUGAGACAGCCUAUAGGGAGGAGGUCAGAGACCAGGCCAUGUGGUGCCAGGAUAACAACCUCUCCCUCAACGUGAUCAAGACAAAGGAGAUGAUUGUGGACUACAGGAAAAAAAAGAGGACUGAGCACACACCCAUUCUCAUCGACGGGGCUUUAGUGGAACAGGUUGAGAGCUUCAAGUUCCUUGGUGUCCACAUCACCAACAAACUAUCAUGGUCAAACACACCAAGACAGUUGUGAAGAGGGCACGACAAAAUCUAUUCUCCCUAAGGAGACUGAAAAGAUUUGGCAUGGGUCCUCAGAUCCUCAAAAAGUUCUACAGCUGCACCAUCGAGAGCAUCCUGACUGGUUGCAUCACCGCCUGGUAUGGCAACUGCUUGGCCUCCGACUGCAAGGCACUACAGAGGGUAGUGCGUACGGCCCAGUACAUCACUGGGGCCAAGCUUCCUGCCAUCCAGGACCUCUAUACCAGGCGGUGUCAGAGGAAGGCCCUAAAAAUUGUCAAAGACUCAAGCCACCCUAGUCAUAGACUGUUCUCUUUGCUACUGCACGGCAAGCUGUAUCGGAGCGCCAAGGCUAGGUCCAAAAGGCUUCUCAACAGCUUCUACCAAGCCAUAAGACUCCUGAACAGCUAAUCAUGGCUAUCCGGACUAUUUGCUAAGGCCCCCCCCCCCCACCCCACCCCACCUCAUCCCCCUCUUUUACGUUGCUGCUACUCUGUUUACUAUUUAUGCAUAGUCACUUUAACUCUACCCAUAUGUACAUAUGACCUCAAUUACCUCGACUAGCCAGUGCCCCCGCACAUUGACCCUGUACCGGUACCCCACUGUAUAUAGCCUCCCUACUGCUAUUUUUUUUUACUGCUGCUCUUUAGCUAUUUGCUUUUAUUUUUUAUUUUUCUUAAUUAACAUUUUUUUCUUUUUACAUUUUUCUUUUAAAAACUGCAUUGUUGGUUAAGGGCUUGUAAAUAAGCAUUUCACUGUAAUGCCUACACCUGUUGUAUUCGGCGCAUGUGGCAAAUACAUUUGAUUUGUUUUGAUUUUCACUAGUCUCCAUAUCUGUUUCCCUCAACUUGGACUUCCUUCCAUAUAGGAAGACCUCAAUCACUACUGCUUAAACACACGGAUCACUCUCAAACAACAUUCUGCUUUUCCCCCUAUUUCAAGGUUUUAAACAAAACAAAACAAACAUGAUAACCUUCUCAAUAUUUGAAGGCAUUGUUUUCAUUUUAGUAUACCUUCAAAAAGUUACUCUAUAUUUUUUAUACCAAUCUCUGUUGGAUAUUCACUUUCUGCUUCACUAUUUAUUAAAUGUAUUAUUUUAAGAUUAAUUUGUAAUGCUUUGGAGGGAUCAAUAUCUAUUGACUGGGUUGCACUGUCUAUCAGUCCCCAGUAGAUGUUGCGCUCCAUCCAUAAUAAGUUUGGCACCUGAGACAGCAGGGAAACAGAUUAAGUCUCUAUUUUGCCUACUCACGAAUUGGUUUAGAACAUCAUCAUUUGGGAUAUCAACGAAAACUCUAUCGGGAGUACAAUAAAUUGUAGCCUUUUAAGUUUAAACAGAAAAUCAUGUUCAACAUUCAUUGGUCCUAUUUAACAGGGUAAGGGGUUUAUUUCAAAAUGCAUUACCAUGGUGGAGGUAAUUUUCUAAGCAUUUAUAGUUUUAUUGGUUAGGGGUAAGUCAUGUCCCAUACAAUGCUUUAACCUCAUCUUUAUCAAAUGAUCCAUAAAGGGACCAUUCUGAACAGAAUACGUUUUACACCACUUACGUACGUCUACGUGUGGGUGUGCAAGUUGUAUGUUAUUAUUAUUAUUUAUAUUGUUACUUCAUCAGAUCUCUAGUAACCCAUUACACAAAUAUUAUGUUACUUUAUCUCUAGUAACCAAUUAUAGAUUUGUGCUACAUCACAAAUUCCUCUUCUACACCAGCGUUCUAUUCAUACAGGGGUUUAAAUAUUCACUAGUGUUCUAUUUAACAGCAUAUUCGGGAAAUAGUACUUUCUCCUUUCAUAUCUCCAUACAGAAUCCCUUUAUAACGUUAUAAAUCUUUAGGUUUUCACCUCCACACCGCAGCAACAAUCACAGCGCAGCAGCCCAAGAGGUACACAUCUCUUUCAUAUCGAGGAAAUCAGUGUCCGGGGGCUGUUACCUCUCAAAUAUUUAAAUGGCUUCUCCUGUCAGUGCUCACUACAUGUAGAUCGAUGGGUGGUGGUGGACAGAACCCCUAGAAAAUGUUAUAGAUCUAAAAACUCAGCUCACACAGAACUGGUUGGGGUAUCCAUUCUUUCACGCACUCAGUAAUCCUCUUUCACACCGGAGCUAGUCAUUUACAUUUUACAUUUUAGUCAUUUAGCAGACGCUCUUAUCCAGAGCGACUUACAGGAGCAAUUAGGGUUAAGUGCCUUGCUCAAGGGCACAUUUACGUCAUUUAGCAGACGCUCUUAUCCAGAGCGACUACAAAUUGGUGCAUUCACCCUAUAGCCAGUGGGAUAACCACUUUACAAUUAUACUUUUUUUUUUGGGGGGGGGGGGGGGGGGGGGGGGGGUAGAAGGAUUACUUUAUCCUAUCCCAGGUGUUCCUUAAAGAGGUGGGGUUUCAAAUGUCUCCGGAAGGUGGUGAGUGACUCCGCUGUCCUGGCGUCGUGAGGGAGCUUGUUUCACCAUUGGGGUGCCAGAGCAGCGAACAGCUUUGACUGGGCUGAGCGGGAACUAUGUUUCCGCAGAGGAAGGGGAGCCAGCAGGCCAGAGGUGGAUGAACGCAAUGCCCUCGCCUGGGUGUAGGGACUGAUCAGAGCCUGAAGGUACGGAGGUGCCGUUCCCCUCACUGCUCCAUAGUCCCCUGACAGCUCUCAUUCACUCAGUAAUUUAAAGCUAAAUUUCUCAAUCAAUCUUAUUAUCCAAAUUCCAAUCUUAGUAGUAAUAAUUUCAAUCCAUUUAUUAUCCAAAUUUCAGUCAGCCAAAAUUCAAUCUUAAUAGUAAUAACUUCCAAAUGUCAAUCAAUGUUAUUAUCUUAAUAUCCAAAUUUCAAUCAUUCAGCUCUUGUUAUCCAAAUUUCAAUCAGCUUAAUAUGUCAUAUCUCACAAUUACACAACUUUCACGUCCACAUUCACUUAGUACUAUUCCCAAACACACUCGGUAAUCUCCCUCAUUACCCCAUGUGCAUCGCCAACAAUUCUCUUGUCGUUACUUGCUAUGCACCAUAUGUAUCUUCACCAUACAUAUAAAAUAGCACAGAAGUGCACCUUAUGCUAUUCUCUACCAGUGGCUGCAGACCACGUAGACAUUUCUCUUAUAAAUGCCUACAGACAGCAAGCAGUCAGCGGGGCAUGGUACCGUUACUAGCCCUCACUCUAGUCUUCUCUCUAAGACUAGCUCUAGCCUUCUUCUACGUCAUAUGUAUCUUCAACGGUUCCUCUAUAGUCUCUACAGUCGGCAUAGUCUAUACAGUGGUCCCUGAGCAUCUGUAGUCCCUGAGCAUCCAUAGUCCCAAAAGCAUCCAUAGUCCCUAUAGUUAUAGCAUCUAUGGUCCCUACAGCAUCUAUAGUCCCUCAUUAUCUACAGUCCCUCAUCAUCCAUAGUAUCAAUAGUUUAUAUAGUCAUUAAUGCUAUGGUCUCUAUAGACUCUAUAGUCUUGCUGCUUCCCAUACAUGUAAAUUACACCCCGUAUUCAAAAACACCUCAUGUUAUUUUGUAGGCUAGUGGUACCCUCCUUCUAUAUCUUUAUGUAUUUUCAUUGGUUUUAUAUAUAUGUUUAUACAAAUUCAUUUAAAUUGACUUACUGAAAUCAGUUGCCGUCCCUCAAUUGUUCGCAGAUGAUGUGUCUCCUCCUGGGCAGCUCACAGUAAGGGUCUGAGCGGGUCCUCGUCCUCUUUUGGUCCGACAGGAAUUUCCCUUACGCUUCAUAAAAUGUGCCAUCAGUUUUCCUCGCAGACCCCCAAUGGAAAGCUCCUCAGGCAGAAUCAAUCAAUAGUUUGUGAUGCCAAAUUGUCGUGGAAAUUCUUACACAGGGACACUCAAAGUCAAUCUUAAAUAAAUCAUUGUUUAUUGUCAGCACGCUGGAGAGGUUCCAACCAACUCAAUGCACCAUAGUACACAUGUCAAUCAGGAGCUCUGCUGGGGCAGUCCCAGCAGUUGUCUUAUAUGGCUAUACACAGACAAGUUACAUUUGCAUGAUUUAGCAUAAUUAAUUCAUCAUUAGCAUUUUGUUUCAUUCAUGUGAUCGACCAAUACUGGUUCAUAACAUGUGACAGACCAAUACCUCACGAGGCUUCUACUCUCUAAGCUGAGACCAUGGAACUGAGAUAUCUUCCGCUCUCAAAAUAAAGGUCUGGGCGUACUGCCAAAUUGCAGAUACUGAUAUGUGAGGAUUCGUCCAAUCAGUCACUUGCAUGACCACAGAAAUUGGUUAUUAGAACAUCACAUGAAUAGAACAUAGAAAUGGAUAGAAUAGAAAAGCACCAACAUUAAAAUGUCCAUCACACUGCUCCUGCAGAUUCAUGCUCUACAACAUACAUAGAGUACGACCCUACCUCACACAGGAAGCGGCGCAGGUCCUAAUCCAGGCACUUGUCCUCUCCUGUCUGGACUACUGCAAGUCGAUCUUGGCUGGGUUCCCCGCUUGUGCCAUCAAACCCCUGAAAACUUAUCCAGAACGCAGCAGCCCGCCUGGUUUUCAACGUUCCCAAGUUCUCUCAUGUCACCCCGCUCCUCCGCACACUCCACUGGCUUCCAGUUGAAGCUCACAUCCACUACAAGACCAUGGUGCUUACCUCCGGAACAGCAAGAGGAACUGCCUUUCCCUAUAUAUAUAUAUAUUUUAAAUACACUUAACCAGCACAUGCACUUUACCCCAUCCCCUUCUAGCUCUGACUCUACUGACAGCUACGUUAUUGAGGAAAAAUUUACUUUCUAUGCCUGUGAUAUGUGUUUGUCCCACCUAGUUAUCUUAAGAUGAAUGCACUAACUGUAAGUCUCUCUGGAUAAGAGUGUCUGCUAAAUGACUAAAAUGUAAAACAUUUAAAAUGUCCAGGUGGGAGAGGGCAGUGUGAAGUGUAAUUGAGAUUGCGUCAUCUGUGGAACUGUUGGGGCGGUAUUACGUAUUAGAGUGGGUCCAGGGUGUCUGGGAUGAUGGUGUUGAUGUGUGUCAGGACCAGCCUUUCAAAGUACUUCAUAAUUACAGAUGUGAGUGCUACAGGGCGAUAGUCAUUUAGGCAGGUUACCUUGGAGUUCUUGGGAACAUGGACAAUGGUGGUCACCUUGAAACAUGUUGGGAUUACAGACUGGGACAAGGAGAGAUUGAAAAUGUCUGUGAAGACACUUGCCAGCUGGACUGUGCAUGCUUUGAGAACACGCCCUGGUAUUGCCCGCGAGUAUUAACCUGUUUAAAAGUUUUACUCACAUCAGCCACGGACAGCGAGAUCACACUCAUCCGGAACAACAGGGGCUUUCACACAAGACUCAGUGUAUUAUUCCUUGAAGUGAGCAUAAAAGGCAUUUAGCUCGUUUGGGAGUUCUGCAUCACUGGGCAUCUCACGGCUGAGUUUCCCUUUGUAAUCCGCUAUCGUCUGCAAACCCUGCCACAUACGACGAGCGUCGGAGCCGGUUUAAUAGGAUUCCACCUUCCUCUUAUAUUGUCCUUUUGCAUGUUUGAUGUAACGUCGGAGGCCGUAGCGGGCUUUCUUAUAUGUGUCCAUGUCCGUGUCACGUUUCUUGUAAGCGGUAGCUCUAGCCUUUAGCCCAGUGCGAAUAUUGCCUGUAAUCCAUGGUUUUUGGUUUGGAUAUGUUCAUAUAGUCACUGUGGGAUGACGUCAUCUAUGCACCUUAUUGAUGAAGCCAGUGACUAAUGUGGUAAACUUCUCAAUACUAUCUGAUGAAUCCUGGAACAUAUCCCAGUCUGUACUAGUAAAACAGUCUUGUAGCCUCUCAUCUGCUUCAUCGGACAACUUCCAUAUUGAGCAUGUCACUGGUACUUCCUGUUGGAGAUGUUUUUCAUAAACAGAAAGCAGGAGAAGAGUCAUGGUCAGAUUUGUAGAAGGAAGGAUGAGGGAGGGCCUUAAAAGCGUUUCUGUGGGUAGAAUAAAAGUAGUCUAGAGUUUUAGCGUCCCUAGUGGCACAGGAGACAUGUUGGUAAAAGUGAGGUAGAAUGGUUGUACGUCUCCCUGCGUUAAAGUCUCUGAUAGGAGACUCUGGAACGAAGCUCAUCCAUCUUAUUCUUGAGUGACUGGAUAUUUGCCAAUAAGUAAGCAUUUCACUGUAAGGUGAAUUUCACUGUUGUAUUCGGCGCAUGUGACUAAUAAAAUUUGAUUUGAUUUGAAUAGAGCGUAGUGCCGGUCGAUAUUCUCUUCGUCUCAAUCUCACCAGGAUGCCGGCACGUUUUGGUAGCCCAUGAAACAAAGGAAUGGAGUAAGGUAUAAACAAGGGAACAGCUGAGUCGGUGUUGAAGUCUGAUUUGAAGUCGAAAUCAUGGUUAGUAACUGUUGAUCUGAUGUCCAGAAGUGCUUGGCGGUCAUAUGUGAUAAUAGUAUGAACUUUCUGUACCAAAAAUUAAGAUAAACACGAGUCACUAAAUUGCAAAGACAAGUUGGAACUUCUCUGUCGGAGCCAUCUUUUUUACAAUCUGAUAAUAUUCUUUACUGUCUUUUUUACCGUCGGUGUAUGUUGAUGUUGGAGAGCAAUCUAACUGUCUGUCCCCAGGUUUCACUCCUUUGAUCCUGGCUGCUACAGCAGGGCAUGUUGGUGUGGUGGAGAUCAUGCUAGAUAAAAGAGGGGAUAUCGAAGCCCAGUCUGAGCGCACCCAGUCUGAGAACCAAAAACACGCCACUCUCCCUGGUCUGCUCUGGAGGAAGAUAAGAGGUGCUGCUCUUCACUCAAACACAUUCUUCCCUGAACAACACAUCAGUUACUUGUUACCUUUUUUUGUAAAACACUGGGGUAUGUCUUUAGUGGAAAUUCCCCAAAGGUGUUCUGUGGAUUGACUAAGCUGUGGUCCAUUCUUUCCAGGUGGUGGAGCUGUAGCUGCUGUGCGGGGUCAACAAGGAGCACUGUAACAUUUUAGACUACACUCUCCUCUCAGCCUGGCCGCCAUCAACAUCAUCAAGAUCCUCCUAAAUGCUGGCGCUGAAAUCAACUCCAGGUACGACAGUUUAUCAACCCCUGCGGUCAAGCUGCUGCUGGACAAGGGCUCAGAUAUCAACGCUCAGAUUGAGACCAACCCCAACACGGCACUGACCCUGGCCUGCUUCCAGGGCCAGGCGGAGGUGGUCAGUCUGCUGCUGCACCGCAAGGCCAACGUGGAGCACCGCACCAAGGUGAGAGCAGCAGCCAUCGGCUGA